CCGGAAGAGACGUCCCUUAGCUGGAGUGUUGGUCCUCCGAGGCGGGAGAGGAGUGCUGCUUCCGGAAGAGAAUCAGUCCUCCGAGGGAAAGAGCUGCAGCAGGCCCCACCAGUUGUCCCAGUCCUUCUGCUUUGAAUGUCAUUUGAGAGAAGACGUGAACAUACUUUCGUCCAGUUUGGAGGCAGCCUAGAAGCACAAAACCAAGAUGGAAGGGAAAGAGCCAGCUACUGCCAYGUCAGAAGGAUUUUCUUCUGCUGUUGAGGCAGAGAACAAUACAGCAUUAUUGGAGGACCRUUGGCGGAAYGAUCGGGAGAGCAGUCUGCUCCAUUCAGACCUUCAGCGCCAGCGUUUCUUGCAUUUCCGCUAUGAGGAGGCCUUAGGGCCCCGAGAGGCCUGCACCCGCCUCCACUCUCUCUGCCGCCUGUGGCUGAAGCCCGAGCAACACUCCAAGGCGGAGAUGCUGGACCUGAUGAUCUUGGAGCAGUUCCUGGCUGUCCUUCCUGCGGAGAUGGAGUGCUGGGUGAGGGAAUGUGGGGCAGAGACCAGRUCCCAGGCCGUGGCCUUGGCGGAAGGCUUCCUCCUGAGUCAGGAAGAGGAGAGGAAGCGGCAGAAGCCCCAGGUGCAGGACUCUUUUGCAGAUGAGACCAACCAGGUGGAAGAGCCUCCUUUAGACAUCGUGUGUGUUGUCGUGACUGGAAAUGGAGAAUAUGUCACAGUUGGCAGUGAAACAUGGCCAAGUGACAGUAGCACAACCUUUCAUGAUCCUUUCCUAAGAAGAGAUUCUGUGGGACCAGAUCAGGUGACUUUUGAAGACGUGUCUGUGGAUUUCUCAGAGAAGGAGUGGGCCCUCUUGGAUCCAAGGCAAAAAGCCCUGCACAAGCAAAUCAUGAAGGAGAAUUUAGGGAUCGUGUCAUCUCUGGAGGAGACACAAUUUAAAUAUUUAGAAGAUGGAAUGAAUAUCAAUAAGAAGGAAGCACUCACCUUUUCUAAAGAAACUCACACAAAGGAUAAACCAUUUAAAUGCUUGGAGUGUGGAAAGAACUUUUGUCAGAAGGCACACCUUGUUCGUCACCAGGCAAUUCACACAGGAAAAAAGCCAUUUAAAUGUUUGGAAUGUGGAAAAAGUUUCUCUCAGAAGAUAGCCCUUGUUCAUCAUCAGGUAAUUCACACAGGAGAGAAGCCAUUUAAAUGCUUGCAGUGUGAAAAGAGCUUUGGUCUAAAGAGAAACCUUAGUAGUCAUGAGGCAACUCACACAGGAGUAAAGCUAUUUAAAUGCUUGGAGUGUGAAAAGACCUUCGGGCACAAGAAAACCCUUAUUAGUCAUCAGGCAAUACACACAGGAGUAAAGCCAUUUAAAUGCUUGCAGUGUGGAAAGAGCUUCCGUCAGAGAGGAACACUUUAUCGUCAUCAGGCAACUCACACAGGGAAGAAGCCGUUUAAAUGCUUGCAAUGUGAAAAGAGCUUCAGUCGAAAGAGUAACCUUAUUGAUCAUCAGGCAACACACACAGGAGAGAAGCCAUUUAAAUGCUUAGACUGUGGAAAGAGCUUCAGUCAAAAGAGAGGCCUUGGUUACCAUCAGGCAAUUCACACAGGAGUAACUCCAUUUAAAUGCUCAGAGUGUGGAAAGAGCUUCACUCAAAAGAUAGGCCUUGUACGUCACCAGACAAUUCACACAGGAGAAAGGCCAUUUAAAUGCUUGCUGUGUGAAAAGAGCUUCAGUCAAAAGAGAAACUUUACUUCUCAUCAGGCAACUCACACAGGAGAGAGACUAUUUAAAUGCUCAAUCUGUGGAAAGAGUUUCAGUCAGAAGAAAGUCCUUGUUCGUCAUCAGGCAACUCACACAGGAGAAAAACCAUUUAAAUGCUCAGAGUGUGGAAGGAGCUUCAGUGUGAAAUCAUCCCUUGUUCGUCAUCAGGCAACUCAUACAGAAGGAAAGCCAUUUAAAUGCUCAGUCUGUGGAAAGAGUUUCAGUCAGAAGAAAGUCCUUUUUCGUCAUCGGGCAACUCACACAGGAGAAAAACCAUUUAAAUGCUCAGAGUGUGGAAGGAGCUUCAGUGCGAAAUCAUCCCUUGUUCGUCAUCAGGCAACUCAUACAGGAGGAAAGCCAUUUAAAUGCUCAGUCGGUGGAAAGAGUUUCAGUCAGAAGAAAGUCCUUGUUCGUCAUCAGGCAACUCACACAGGAGAAAAGCCAGACUGUGGAAAAAGCUUCCGUCAAAAUACUGGCUUUAAUCGUCAACGUGCACGGAAGAAAUAGUUAACCCAUGGGGUAAAGGCAAGUCCCCUUGUUUUACCUCAGAGAGGGCAUGAAUCUUUGUCUUAGAAACACAGAGUUAAAAA